GAGCCCCAGAAACUACAAGGAAGCUAAUUAAUCCUACUUGCUCCAGCUCAUUUUCACACAUCAAUGCCCAAAAAGCUCCCACACUGCUUUUCAAAUUUUUUACUACUAUUUAGUUCAAAUGAUCACACUUUUUUUGUCUUUUUAUUUGGUUCUUUUCUGCAGUGAGUAGUGUUCUUUCUUUAAUUAACAUUUUCCUAAAAGACACUCUUUACUCAGACAAAAUCAGCUAUUUUAAGCUCAAAACCCCCAUAAAGAUUGGACCUUUCUGCAAUUAGUGUAAAGAAUAGUUGUUUUUAGUUUCAAGAAUCAUUUUAUUACCUCAAAUUAUUUGGUGGGUCUUAGGUCUAGACAUCAAAUCAAAUCUGUAGUAGUUGCAUUGGCAAAUCAAGAAUUGUGGGUCAAAUUAGCUUUUUUUUUGCUGGCUGGUUUGAGUCCAAAUCAGAGUCAAUACAUCUUUUUGAAAGUUGAGUCUUUGUUGGAAUAGCUAAGGAAACAUACCCAAGUGGCAGAUUUCACUAUUUUUGAAUGUGGAGGAUUAUAAAAGAUCCACAGUAGAGGGACAAUGAUUCUUGAUUUAUUGUACUAUGGGAAAUGCAAGAAAGGCUGGGUUUUUAUGUUGCUAGUAGAACUUAUCAGUCAAGUGAACUGACAGAAAGUUUUGAAUUUUUUCUGUAAUUAGUAGAGUUUGAUUUGAUUUGAAGUUAAUAAAUUUGAAGUUCUGGUAGAUUAGUUAGAAAGACUUUUGGCUAAAAUGUCUGGAGAAGAUACACAAGAACUUCGUUCGUUGGCCUUGACACCAACAUGGUCUGUUGCUUCUGUAUUGACUAUAUUUGUUGCUGUUUCACUGCUUGUGGAGCGAUCCAUUCACAGGUUAUCUAAUUGGUUGAGGAAAACCAAUAGAAAGCCAUUGUUAGCUGCUGUGGAGAAAAUGAAAGAAGAGUUGAUGCUUCUUGGAUUCAUUUCUCUCCUUCUCACAGCAACUUCCAGCAUCAUAUCUAAUAUUUGCAUACCGUCAAAGUUUUACAAUAAUGCAUUUGCUCCAUGUACAAAGUCUGAAGUUGAUGAAGAAAUGGAGAAUAAAGAUUUGAAGGAGCGUAAACUUUUGAUGGCUUUUGGUCUUCAUAGGAGAGUAUUAAAUUCCUUCAAUCAAAAUACGUGUGGAGAGAACCAUGAACCUUUUGUAUCAUAUGAAGGCCUUGAGCAGCUGCAUCGCUUCAUCUUCGUCAUGGCCAUUACUCAUAUAUCUUAUAGUUGCUUGACAAUGCUGCUGGCGAUUGUUAAGGUCCACAGUUGGAGGGUGUGGGAAGAUCAAGCGCAGAAUGACAGGCAUGAUGUACUAACUGACAUUUCUAGAGCCAAGACAUUCCGAAGGCAGUCGACUUUUGUCAGAGUUCAUACAUCAAGUCCACUUGCCAGGAACCAUUUCCUUGUUUGGGUGACCUGUUUCUUCCGGCAGUUUGGCCGCACAGUUGUUCGUGCUGAUUACCUUACUCUGCGCAAGGGUUUUAUCAUGAAUCACAACCUUACAUCAAACUAUGAUUUUCACAGCUAUAUGAUUCGCUCGAUGGAAGAAGAAUUCCAAAGAAUAGUUGGUGUAAGUGGCCCUCUCUGGGGAUUCGUGGUGGGUUUUAUGCUGUUUAAUGUAAAAGGAUCGAAUCUGUAUUUCUGGAUAGCGUUAAUUCCUAUCAUUCUUGUACUACUCGUGGGUACAAAACUGCAGCAUGUAAUCGCAACCUUGGCAUUGGAGAGUGCUGCAAUUACUGGCUCAUUCUCAAGGGCCAAGCUAAAACCACGAGACGAACUUUUUUGGUUCAAAAAACCAGAAUUACUUUUGUCCUUGAUUCAUUUUGUCCUUUUCCAGAAUGCAUUUGAGCUAGCUUCAUUUUUUUGGUUCUGGUGGCAAUUUGGGUAUAACUCAUGCUUCAUAAAGAACCACACACUUGUGUAUCUACGACUCGUUAUGGGGUUUGUUGGACAAUUCCUUUGCAGUUAUAGCACCUUGCCACUCUAUGCCCUGGUUACACAGAUGGGUACAAACUAUAAGGCUGCAUUGAUUCCACAGAGAAUAAGAGAAACGAUCCACGGAUGGGGAAAGGCAGCAAGAAGAAAAAGGAGAAUGCGUAUGUUCCCAGAUGAUUCAACUGUGCACACUGAUACAAGCACCGUGAUGUCCCUCGAGGAAUAUGAUCAUGACCAGUUGGUUGAUAGCCCUCGAACAGUGCAUGGUGCAGGUACAGAAAUCGAGUUACAGCCACCAACAACUGUCACGGAGGAUCAUCAUUCAGUAACAAUUAACGACACUUCAAGUCGUAUUGGUACUCCUCUCCUUCGACCCUGUGCCUCUAUUUCUUCCGCAACUUCCCCAAAUCUUCCACCUGAAGUAAUAUCAAGAUCAUCUUCAAUGCCUGCUAGAGGACAUUUGAGUUUGGGUAAACAAUUACCAUUAUAGUGAAGUCGCAAAACAACACGAAGUGAAGUUGGUGUUGAUACUUCUGCAGGUUUGUUUAACGUUGCAUAUAACAUAUAUACUUGAAGAUGUUUGACAUGUGAAAUCAAAGAAAUAUGCAGGUAGGAAAGAAAUAGUUUCUAUAGUUGCAAAAAUAUUUUCCCCCAAAACGCUCUGGAUUGAAAAAUCUGUAAUGGCUGUUUCUAUGUAGUAUCCCUUGUAUAAUCAGUUACACACAUGAGCUAUCUAGGUAAGAUAGAGCAUCUUAAAGCUUGUAUGUUUUCCUUCGUCAAAUAGUUAAAGAGUUUAACUUUGUAUACAUCGACAAUUUGGAGGAUUAUACACCAUCAUGUUGCAACAGAUAACUUGUCUUACUUUU